AUAAAAGAUAAAGUAGCAUGUUAAUUUGUGUUAGAUGAACGUGAGACACCCCAAAUAUAAGAGGCGAGGAAGGCAGACAGACAGGAAGGCUCAGGACAGGCGGCGGUCUCAAUAAUCUCUUCAAAAUGCUGAUUAAAGUCAAGACACUGACUGGAAAGGAGAUUGAGAUUGACAUCGAGCCAACAGACAAGGUGGAGCGGAUCAAGGAGCGAGUGGAGGAGAAGGAGGGCAUCCCACCACCCCAGCAGCGCCUCAUCUUCUCCGGGAAACAGAUGAAUGAUGAAAAGACAGCAGCUGACUACAAGGUCCAAGGAGGCUCAGUGCUCCAUCUGGUGCUGGCCCUGAGAGGGGGACUGUCUUCCUAGGUGCUGUCUCCUCCUCCUCUUCUUUCCUAUCCUUUUCAUCAUCUUCCUCCUAGCACUCACUAAGUAAUCUCUGGAAACUAUGGAAACUAAAGCACCCCCAGUAAGGUCACCUAGGGAAACAAGAUAGGAGCUCUGAAGAUCUUCACCAUUAAUUAUGAUUAUUCAACACUUUCCAUUUCCUUUUAAGAGUUUGAGAAUAUGACCAUUUUUUGCUAAUUCAACCUUGCUGCAUUUUUUUUUUUUCCGUGGUUAUUAUUGUACUCUUCCAUGCUGUGAAUUAUGUAAGAAUGUUAUUUAGACAAAGAAGAAUUGCAGUUUGCUCCAAUGCCCUGUGAGAUGCUUCAGCUUUGACUUGCAUGACUGAGAAGCGAGUGAUUUAUAUUCCAAAGUCUUGUUGUGGGCAGAUGCUGUAUGUGAGAUAGGUGAGAUGUGUCCUAUUCAGUACCCCUGUGUCUUCAUUUCCACUAUAUUUAUUGUUAGCCAGGAGCACGAACCCAUGGCACCUUGGGUUUACUCUUCACCUGAGGGACUAACACCACCAGUAAUACUACUACUAUUACUACCAUAGUUUGUUUUCAGUGACACUAUACAUUUCAGUGUUAAUAGUGAAAGAUACACCAUUGUGGCUAAUAGCUUGCUUUCACUAUCUAUAAUAUAAGCUAUAAUGACAUCACUUCCAGCAUUUUGCCAGACGUUCUUUGUGUUAACAUUGAUACACGCGUUGUUAGGACCGUAAGCACACAUCCUUUCUCCUAAGGGUGUGUCCUCCAACCAAACACUUGAUAAUUUAUGUAGCUUGCAGUGAAGAGCUGCUGGUAUGUCAUAUUCAAGCCAACACCAUAGAGGGAGUGAAAUUAUGUACCCUGAGUUUAGCAGCAAGUCAGCAUCCAGCAUUGACAAGGAAGCUGCCUCUCCCUGCUGCUGCUGCAUUGAUUCUAUGUUCUUACCAUGAUAUGUUGAGACUUACGAUUAAAAGUUUUGUAUA